AAAAACACUCAACUGUACACAAACCUGCAGGAGAGGAAUAUUUCAAACCGUUCUACGGCAGUUCUUUUGGGGGGGCACGAGUAUGUACAAAACCUGUCACGUGAAGAAAGAAAAGCCUGUGUUCAUCUGUCAACCAAGCAUGCCUUCUACUCUGCAUUGAUCAAUUAAAUGGUGUGACAAGUUUUAAAAGGCCCGUUGUGACAGAAUUCCUUCAGAGAUCUGGAUACAACCUCCACAAAAGAUGGAGGACUCUCCACACUUGUACAUCUCUGAAAUUGGAGACAAUGAGGAUAUGGAGGAGGACGGGGAGGAGGAGGAGGAGGAGGAUGAUGACGACAACAAUUAUCAAGAGGAAACUAACAUUCAGCCAGACAUGGUUAAGUCACUCUACCCUGAUCUUAAUAAAGAUCCCAACCAGGAUACUGAGAGAGAAUGGAACUCUUUUCCUUGCCAGCACUGUGAGAGACAUUUUACCAGCAGACAAGGCUUAGAACGACACAUGCACAUCCAUACUUUGGAGAACAACGAGGCAAACGCAUACAAAAGCCAUCAAAGCAACAUCUCUUUUGGUUCAAAUCCGGGUCAGUCGCAGCAUGAGAAGAUGAAGUCUCUGGAUUCAGUGGGCUCAGUCAUGCAGCUUCACACUUCAUCCCCCACCGCCUCUAAUACUUCCGUUUUGUCGGCCGGUGACCGCAGUGCUCGGUCAGACAAACCAGGAGUAUUAGAGGGGCAUCAUGCUUGCAAGUACUGUGAAAAGAUAUUCACUACAUAUACCAACAAGCGACGACAUGAGCGUAGGAUCCACGAGCAGCACCUGCAAGUCACACACGUGGAAAAACAGCUGGCCCAAGAGGAAAAUCUUCAGAGGAUGCUCAGUGAACCUUCUCAACAGGAAACAGAGAUGGGUGACAAUACAGCACCUGCAGCUAUUCUGGAGAAUGACGUGGAAUGCGCAGAACAAUACAUGCUAGAUGUCUCUAGCAAUAUUUCAGAGAAUCUCAGCUUUUAUAUUGAUGGAAAGAUAGUGUCAACAAGCACAGUCAGUAACUGUGACGUACCCGAUGUUCAUUCUGGUUCUUCAUCCUUAGUCGGACUGGAUGCCCUGAUUCUAGACCCAUCCCAAAUCAGCCAUGUUUUAAAUACAGAGUCAGUUGCAGGCAAAGAGAUACCUGGUCAACCACAGCUCAAGAGAAGAACUGCAACACCACCUCUUUUACCACAAAUUAAAACUGAACUGGAGUCCGAGGUGGUUGUGUCUUCUUCUUCAUCAUCUUCCCUUGUAUCUUCUUUAAUAGAGAAUCUUCUUCCUCAGAAUACCGAGUCCACGGUUGUGCAGAAGGAAAGAACUGUGUUUCUGUCUCCAAAGCUCAAGCAGCUCCUGGAGAAGCAGGAUGGCCUUAAACCGGCACUUGCCCUCAUCACAGAUGGCCAGAAGCCUUGUUCACCCGUCUCUCUUGCUGUCCUGGCUGCUGGAACAGGUAGGUUUAAAAGAAGGACCGGGUCUCCACCAAGCUCUCCACAGCAGAACCCGACAUCUAAAGACGAAACGGCAGAUAGUGGAGAUUGUGACGCCGUAAAUACAGGGCAGAUAGAUAACCAAUAUAGUCCAGCUGUACACCAAACAGCCAAUGUGAAGGAUGACACAACUCCACCUGUGGAACAGCCAGCAGUGAGACCUGUCUCGACAGAGAGCUCGCCCCCUACAGCCGGCGGUAAUUCCUGUAACCAGCAACCACUGGAUCUCUCUAAUACAGUCAAAAGAAAUGAAGACUUAUCUUUAACUGAUGCAGCGCUGGAUUUGAGCUUUCAAAAGAAGACCCUAGGUGAAUCUGAACUGACAUUUGAUUUAGUUUCACAGGCAGUUUUGAAAGCAGGAAAUUCAAGUACAUGCAUGACGGAGACGGCCUUAGUAAAUAUUGGAGAUCAAAAUGUAAGCCUAGGGAAUCCCGAGAUCCCUUUAGUCACAGACUACACAAUACUUACAGGUCCAGAUGUGAUGACCCCAAUGGAGCCCCUGGCAGAGGGACUUGUUUAUGGGCUUGCGCUUCCCUCAAAUUCUCUGACUCCAUCUCCUGCAUCCCUUACCCCUGUUGCCUUGCAGCCAGCUUCACCGUGCACUAUAGCAUUUGCUUCCCCAGCCUCACACACCAUGCUCCCUACUACUUCUUCAUUAAUAACAGUUUUGGCACCAUCAAAUAUGUCUAACCCUUCAAGCCAACCAAUCCAGUUACUAGCCCCUAAUAUAUCUCCCGAGCCCCUGGUUUUCUGCACAGAAAAUGCGUUAAAUUUCUCAGAGUGCGAUUUAACUACCGCAUUUGCUACUGCAGAUUCUGUAAACCCUGUCACUCUCUCCCAAUCCCUUGACCCGACUCUGAACCUGUUUCUCGCUGAUCUCAAUCGGCCCAUCGUUGAGUCCAUUCCUAUGUCAGACGUGCCAUUCACGCCCACCGUAACUCUAACUGAUUCCCUCAUCAACUCUUACAACAUUACUAGCAACACAGUGUUGAUAGAGUGCACUAUAGCUCUUGAAGCCCCAGAAAGUAUGGUCCCCGCUGCAGUUACCUUACAGGAAAACACUGCUGAGCCUCCAGCACCUUCACAGAUGGUUGUUAAUCACAUAGAACAGCAACAGAUUGUAUCAGUGCCCAACCAUCAAACUGUGGACCACACUAUUCUUAUGUCCUCCAUUGCAGAAUCAGUGACUCUCUCCACCACCACCUCAGGGAUAUCUGACUGUCCUACUGUGGGUGAAUCAACUACUGAACCAGAGCAUGUUGUUACUGCAGAGCCACCAACCAUAAAGGAGGAAGAAGCUGCUGACAGCACAGUUCCCAUGCCCGAAAUCUCAUCUAAAACCUCUUCUUCUUCUUCUUCUGAGAAAGCUCAAGAGGAAGAAUCCUCAGACGGCACGCCAAGCGAGGCGCAACAGCAGACUUUCACCAAGAACUUCAUCUGCAAUGUGUGUGAUAAGCUUUUCCAUUCAAUGAAAGAACUGGGCCAUCAUGUAGGCAACCACGCUGACGAAUGGCCCUACAAAUGUGAGUUCUGUGUGCUGCUCUUCAGCAAACCCUGUGCUCUGCUCGAUCAUCGAUCAAGCCUCCACGGUGUCGGCAAGACUUACGUUUGCAGUGCGUGCACAAAAGAAUUUGUCUACCUUUGUAAUCUGAAACAACAUCAGGAAGAGUUGCAUCCUGGCCAGCAGUGUACCUACACAGAAGAAGAAAAGGGUAAACUAAGACCUCAGAACUACAAUAACUCAAUUAAAGUCAACAUGGAGCCAUCAGUGCCCGGUGCUGCAGAGGAAGCCAAGAAAGUGGUGAAAAAGGAAAAAGAUGAAGUAGAAGUGGCUGAUGAAGAACUGUUAUCAACGAUAAAAAUCAUGGCCUCAGAUGGAGACAAAAUCAAGGGGCCUGAUGUUCGUCUUGGCAUUAACCAACAUUAUCCCAGCUUUAAGCCCCCUCCAUUUCCUUACCAUAACAGAUCACCAGCUGGCUCGGUGGCUUCAGCAACAAACUUCACCACCCACAACAUCCCGCAAACCUUUACUACGGCUAUCCGAUGCACCAAGUGUGGAAAGAGCUUUGAUAACAUGCCAGAGUUACACAAGCACAUCCUGGCUUGUGCAAAUGCCAGUGAUAAAAGGAGAUACACGCCCAAAAGAAAUCCCAUCCCACUACGCCACUUUGCAAAAACUCAAAACGGAGUUCUGUCCACCACCAAUUCCACUAACGGACUAAACGCUUCCAACAGAUCCAGUCAGUCAAACCGGUCCAAACCUAGUCAAGAAUCUCCGGUAAACGUGAAGUUCAAGGUGCUGAACAAAAGGAAGAAGAAGUUGGUCCAAAGGGUCAUGCCGCAGAGGAACAAAUCAGCCCCUUCAUCAAAUAAAAUGUCCCGUGCACAUGUGGAUGAGCAGCAGGAGAUCUUUGUCUGCCCGCACUGCAGCAGGGAGUUCACGAUGCGUCGCAGCAGAACCAAACACAUGGCAGUCUGCCCCAAGAAACCUAAAGAGGUGAAGAAAAGGAAAGAAGGAGGAAUCUCUGUGACAAAGGAAAAUGAUGGACACCUGCAUAGAGGGGUGGAAGAGAAACAACAUGCCUCACAUCAGCAUAAAACCAGACUCCAGAGGUCUGGGCCUGCUAAAAGGCCCGCCAUCCUACCUGUACAAACUGUCUUCUCAAACAAGAGAAGUAAGAUCAUUAUAAAAGAGAGCACGCAGCCGAAACAAGAGACACCCACGCUGAAUGAACUUCCCAUCGUUCGCACUUUCAACCCCUCCAUGCGCCAGUACAGCAGAGUGCAGCAUAGCGCCAAAGGAAUCCCCAUUAAAUUCACCAUAGUGAAACCACAACAGGCUCCACCACAGAAGGAUGAGCUGCCUCCAACCGAGAGCCGAGAGCAAGCCAGCGGAGCCGUCACCAGCAGCUCUGAGCAGAGUCCCUCCACCUGAAGACUUCUCUGCAGCCCACCAGCGAUCAUCAGGACACCGCUGUGUGGAGCUCCUCAUACACUCUUGUGUCAUACUGAUACUAAACUGUUAAUCAAAUUGUAGAACCUAUGGACCCAGAUUGCAUCAUGCUGUACAAUAAAUGAGGAUGGAUAAAAUGGACGACUGAGGAUACUGCAGUGAGUGGAUGUAUUCAACUGAGUAUUUGAAUGCUUUUUGUAGUAGCUUGGAGUUUUUUUUUU